AAAAACUAGAGAUCACCAAAAGGCUCGAGGGUGCUAAGAUACAUUGAACCUGGACAUGUUCAUUUUGGCACUAUAAAAUCUGCUGCAACUCAACGAUAUCAAUCACAUUUGCGUUUCUGUUUACCACCAUUUUCUCAACAUGUCUACCACCAUUGCUGUGCCUUCCGCUGCCGCCCAAACAAAGGCCUCCACCGUGCCGGAGAAUGAGGUGCUCAGAAGAAGAAACGAGGAAUUGGAGAAGGAAUUGAAGAAGAGCAUUGAAAGGGAAGAGAAAAUGAAAGAGGAAUUGAAUAAGACAUGGGAUAGGGUGAGGGUGGCGGAGGAGGCGGAGGAGCGCCUCUGUUCUCAGCUCGGAGAAUUUGAAGCAGAGGCUGUAGAUCAGGCUCGGAUCUACAGGACCCGGAUCCAUACUUUAAUGGAUCAGCUUUCGAUGGCACAAAAACUUCUCCAGUCAGUUCCAAUUAUCAUUCCCAAUUCUCAAUGAAUCAUUCAGGGAAUUUGAUCUUUCACUGAUUUUUUCUUCCCCUUUUGCCGAUUGACAUAAAUAGCCUUUUCUCUUUCGCCUUUCUCCGUUUGAUGUUUGAUAUACUUUGUUUGGCUCCAUAUAAAUGACGAGAUGAAAUAUUAAAUUGGAACUCAGAGUGUUGUGAGUGUAUUGACUUUCUCUCCUUUGUUCUUGGAGAUGUAAUGGGAAAUUUGUGUGUACAUUUACAUUAAUUUGUUCUUUCUUCAUCAA